AUGAGAAAAUCAAAAAUACGACAAUCAAAAAUGCAAAAAGUAAUAAAGUGCAGAGUAAGACGACGACAAAGUGAAAGUACAGUAUUUCGUUAUAUCAUGACCGCUAUAUUAUCUCACGACGAAGAUCAUAUAGAUAAUUCAACAACCGAAAGUAUCAGUGUUGAUGGCUAUCAUAGUUGUAUGUGUCAAAUAUCUGUUCUACACAUCGCCGCAGUGAAUGGAAAUUAUAGUAUAUUUAAAAAGUUUAUAGAUCUUGGUGCUGACAUAUACAAACGGAUAGGUAAAACUCAAUUUACGGUCUUACAUGCCGCCGCCAAGUCCUCCAAUUAUGAUAUCGUCAAGUAUUUAAUAGAAAAUGGCUUAGAUGUUAAUGUUGUGAUAAAUGAUAUUGGUCCGAUGAAUGGAGAAACUGCAUUGCACUUUGUCGCCGAGAAAGGAACAAAAGAAGUUACAACAUUACUAUUGGAUAACAAUGCUAGUAUUAAUGCUAAAUCUGCCAUAGGAAUCACUCCUCUUAUCAAAGCUGUUGAAGCUCGAAACUACGAUGCCAUGGAUGUAUUAAUAAAGUAUGCACCUGAUCUCUUUUGCACUUAUGAAAAAGAUGGUUACACUGAAACAAUUUUUCAUUCAGCUAUUUCAAAUUCCAACUGGGAAGUGUUAUAUGAUUGGCUAUUCCUAUUUGCUGACGCGAUUGAUGUUAAUAACAAUGAUACUAAUUUCUUUUCAUUUUUUAAAUCCCAACUGUUACUUCAUCACGCUCUCAGGUAUAGACCUAUCGAGGUCGAAGAAGCAAUUAUUUCAUAUCUGCUUGAAGUUGGUGUUGAUGUUAAUGCUCUAGAUUCUAAUAAUAAAUUAGCUAUCGAGUGUGAAUCCGCAUUAGAAUUUCGACCACAUAGUAUUAAACUGAUUAAGGAGCACAUUGUAGAAUUGAUAGCAGCGGGUUUUUAUGUCUGUGAUCGAAAUAUUCAAGCUGUUAGUACAAAGGAAUUUGAUCAUCAUUCCGCCAAGUGUCGUUUAGAAGUUGAAAAAAUGAAAAAAAAUCAGUUAGAGGACAGUAAUAUCACAUUUAUAAAGAUUUUACAAAAAAAUGAGCUAUACGUGGCACCUUAUUUGAAGUCUGUUGAUUUAGACAAUAUAUUUGAACAUCUAAGAAUUUGCCAGAUCUGA